AUGAAUAAUCUUACAUCUCUGCUUGGUUUUCUAGUGGCCGAGAACAACAUGUCUGGCUAUUUACCACCAAACAUAUGGGCUAAUGGGUUAUUGAGAUACUUCGCUGCUAGUGCAAACAACUUCGUUGGUCCCAUUCCAAAAAGUUUAGGAAACUGUACCAACUUAAUCAGGUUUCAGGUCCAAAGAAAUCAACUGAAAGGUGACAUAUCAGAAUAUUUUGGCAUAUGCCUAUGUUUGGUUUACAUCGAUCUGAGUUAUAACAAGUUGAAUGGUAAGCUGUCAAUCAAUUGGUGGCAAAGCAAAAACCUAACAAGCUUGAAGAUCUCAGACAAUAGAAUUUCAGGUACAAUCCCAGUUGAUCUUUAUAAAGCAAGUCGACUUGGAUAUCUUGACAUGUCCCGAAAUCAGUUCGUAGGAAAAAUUUCAAAGGAAUUGUGGGCCUUGAAGUUACUGUUCACUCUUAAACUGAAUGAAAAUGAACAUUCAGGAGAGCUUCCACGGGAGCUUGGACAAUUACGCUACUUGGAAUUAUUAAACCUCUCCCACAACUAUCUGUCUGCCUCGAUACCAUCAACUUUUAGUGAAAUGUUAAGCUUGACAUGGGUGGAUAUAUCAUACAAUAGAUUGGAGGGUCCUCUUCCUGACAACAAAGCUUUCAGCAAGGUGCCAAUGAGAGCUCUAGAACAUAAUAGAGCAAUCUACUGUGCUUGCUUCCAGAAUAUGAGAAAGCCAGAUCAUGAGCCAAGGGAUGCAGAAAAUGAAACUCUGUUUGAAAUUUCGAGCUAUGAUGGGAAAAUGGUUUAUGAGUACUUAGGAGGGGGAAGCUUGGGAAAGAGUAUAAGUAGUGAGGUGAAAGCAAUACAGUUCGAUUGGAUCAAGAGGGUUAACGUCGUAAGAGGUGUUGCUAAAGCUUUAUCCUACCUACACCACGACUGCUCACCUCCAAUUAUUCAUCGAGAUAUAUCAAGUAACAAUAUUCUGUUGGAUUUGGAAAAUGAGGCUCACAUCUCCGACUUCGGCACAGCCAGGAUUUUGAAGCCUAACUCAUCCAAUUGGACAUCAUCAUAUGCAGGCACCUUUUGUUGA